AUGCCCAAGGUGGCCGUCACGCUCCCGGCGGCCUCGUCCAAGCCCGAAGCCCGCCACCAGGUGCCGGACUCUCCGAGGGCCUGGUACUUGGGCAUCUUGUGCACGAUCUACGGCUUCUUCAGCUGGGCGGGCAUCGGUUCCAGCCCCGUGCUCUACGUGGGUCUGCUCCGACGCUCUGGAGCGUCCCGGGAGGACGCCUCGCUACCGUUCACCGCUAUGGUGUGCGCCUACUACGUUGGAAGUCUGGUGUACGGUGUGCUGUCCCGAUGGCUCAAAGAGAGGACCCUCCUUGUAGCGGCGUCCCUGGUCACGUCUCUUUCGCUCCUCACCAGCUACUUCAUCAGUGACAUUGGAGUGCUUACGGUGGUCCUGGGAGUCAUUCAUGGCACAGGGGUGGCCGUGGUGGGCGUUGUGUGCGGCAUGCUGCUCUCGCAGUACUUCGUCAAGUACCGGGCGACGGCGUUCGGCCUCAUGUCGGUCACACUGAGCACGACGGGCGUGGCCUUCCCUCCGCUGGCGGCCUGGCUUCUGGACGGGUACGGCUUCGCGGCCACGCUGCUCGUCCUGGGCGCGCUGUCGUUGCACCAGCUCGUCUGUUGCGUGCCGCUGGAGACGUGGACGCCCGCGGCGACUUCAGCGUCGCCUCCGCACGAGGCGGACAGACAGCAGGCUCUCGCCGUGGCCACCAUAGACCAGGGUGUCCUGCAGGCCCACAGGGAGGAAAACGAAGCAUCCACG